AUCGCUACGGCACCACAGUGCCCUACACAUCCCGGAGGCCCAAGGACUCAGAACGGGAAGGCCAGGGUUACAGCUUUGUGUCCCGUGCGGAGAUGGAGGCUGACAUCCGUGCUGGGCGAUACCUGGAACAUGGUGAAUACGAGGGCAACCUGUAUGGCACACGUAUCGACUCCAUCCGGGGUGUGGUCGCUGCCGGCCGGGUGUGUGUGCUGGAUGUCAACCCCCAGGCAGUGAAGGUCCUGAGAACAGCUGAGUUUGUCCCUUAUGUGGUGUUCAUUGAGGCCCCUGACUUUGAGACCCUGCGAGCCAUGAACCGGACGGCACUGGAGAGUGGGGUGUCCACCAAGCAGCUCACGGAGGCGGACCUGAGACGGACAGUGGAGGAGAGCAGCCGCAUCCAGAGGGGCUACGGGCAUUACUUCGACCUCAGUCUGGUCAAUAGCAACCUGGAGAGGACCUUCCGUGAACUCCAGGCCGCCUUGGAGAAGCUGCGCACGGAGCCCCAGUGGGUGCCCGUCAGCUGGGUGUACUGAGCCUGUUCUCCUGGACCUCGGCCCUCUGGGUUGUGACCCAGAACCCUGAAUCCGUCCCCUUCCCAACCGUGAGCCCCAGCCAUGAUCCUCAGCUCCCGUUCCCGGCGCUCUGGCUCUCCCUGCAUCAUGGCCCUAAGUCUGGCUUCAGCGCAGGAGGCGUGCACUGCCAGGGAGGUGGGUGUUCGUGGGGCACCUCUGUGCCCAGGUGCUACCCACUCCCGACGUUCAUUGGCCACCAGAUGUCCCUUGCUGAGGGCCAAGCCGUGCCCCAGAGUGUCGGAGUCGCCUCCAUAAUGCUCAGUCCAGAGAAGAGAAAAGCUGCUCUGGGACCACGUGGUCAGUAGGUACACUGUCCCCACCCCUCUCGCCAGUCAGCUUUUCUCCUCUGGACUGGCCACCCUGACCCCACUCCUGGGCUGCUCCUACUUCUCGCCCCUGCAGCCUAGGGGCAGGCCUUAGGCUGGUUCCCUGUGGCCAGGGGGGUACGUGGCCCCCUGGCAGCUAGGCAAGCCCAGGCGGCGGUGCCAGCCUGGUGCCAUCGCGAAGGCUGGAGGAGCCGAAGCACCAGCCAGUUGCCGCAGCCAGGGAGCGGCGCCGUUCUCUGCCCCCUCGGAACGGGGCUGGCUCCCUGUCCUUCCCUCAUGCAUAGCUUUUCACUGCCGAAGUCUCUCCAUAGACUUCUCCAAUGUGCCCCUGACAGGCCAGCUCUGCUCCCCGCAGGGCAAGGGCGGCAGGGGGCUGCGGGCUCAGCCCAGGCAGGGGUGGGCUGGAGGCCGAGCCCUGGGACGAGGAGCCUGACGGGAGAGCUCCCAGCCCUCUGUGGCCCAUGGUGGGGGCGCGUCUGGGCUCCCUGUCCGUGGUCAUUGUCCAUUUUGCUCUCUGUGGCUGGAUCCAGGCGCCCACGCACAUGAGGGCGGCCUGGGGGCUGAGGAAAGGGGAGGGCUGGGCCACGGGGCAUGGCCUUGGAGGGCGUUUGCGCCCCAGCAGACUCCCUGCACAACUCCAGGGGGCGCCAUCCACACUGUAGUCUCCACAGCUUACGGUUCCGCAGGCUGCGGUGCCUGGUCUGUGUUUCUGCCACUGGUGUGUGUGUCAGGCUUAUUUUUUUGGAGAGGGGAAGCAAAGGGUUGUUGUGCUUUGGAGGUCACUCUUUGGGGCCCCGUUUUGGGCUCCCCAUCAGCCCCCCAUUUCUUAUGAGACCCUUAUUCCAGAUUCCAGAGGCUCGGCCCUCCCCAGAUGUCUUCCUCAACUCUCCUGUUGUCCCCCCACCCUAAAUGCCACCCUCCAGUCCUCGAGGAGGGCAACUGUGUAAAAUAGGAGAAUCCCUUUUUUAAAAAGUACGCCGUCCUUGACUUCCGCAGACAUCUCAUCCCUCAUCCUUCUCUGUGACCCUUCCUGGGGUGAACCUGUCCUUGUAGGGGACUGCCCCCCAUGACCCCGCCCCAGCCUUUGUGCUCCCCAGUUCUUCUGUCUAAUCAGUCUUUGCUGCAGUGUCAGCCAAGCUGGCCCCUGAACCACCGUGUGCCCAUUUCCUAGGGAAGGGGAGGGAGAAGAAACAGAAUAUUUAUUACAAAGUCAGAAAUAUAUUUAUUAUAUUAGGGAUCUCAUUUGCAUUUGCCUAGGAUAUGCAAAUGAGAUGUAAAGGUCAAGUCUACUUCCAUCUCAUUUGCAUAGCUCUGCAUCCACUAUGCAGUCAACGUUAUGUUCCUCUUUUCCCUUUAGUCAAUGUUCUUUUAAUUUAUCCUCAAUUCAGCUCUCUCUUGCUUCACCCUCACCCUCAACCUAAGGGGACUGGGAGUGGGAGGAAAAUGGGGUGUUCUCGCGCUGGCCCAGGGUCGUGGGGUUCUUUGUUCAUACCCACCUCACCCCGGAGACUUGGGAAUAGAGGCAGCUACCCCCUCCCCCUUGGUUAACCUCCAAAGCGCUCUGAUUAGAAGACCAUUCUCUUUGAUGGGAGGUGGGGCUGGGCACCUUGCUGAAGAGUUGGCACAUGGCCCUUGAGGGUGAAGCUCCAGUUACUGUUCUGGCACCUUCACUUCUGGUGAUGCCUGUGGGUUGGGCCCCUCCUUUCUCGUCUCUCUUCCUCUCUGAACAGCAUUCUACCUCCCCUGCCUUAGCCGUACUCCGGGGACCCGUACUGGGUUGGAAUGGGUGUGUGUGCCCACCGCGUUAGCCCUCGGGCUCCAUCCACCCUCUUCCCACUGUGGACGCUUGUAUUGAGGAACCUCAGGAUAAUAGGACCCUGCCCCCCUGUCCACACUCAGUCCCAGCCCAGCUGUCCUUCCCCCGUCC